CCUUCCCUUCUCCCAUCACACUUCCAUUCGAGACACACUCACCCUUCGACCUGUCCGCCUCUCCUAUAUAAACGCACGUCCACCGCUCCCUGUUCCUCAUCCUCGUUCCCUUGCACUGCGCCAACAAACAAUUAACUACACUCUCACUAGCUAGCUAGGCUAGGCCGGGGAGGGAGAAGGAGGCGCCAAGAUGUUGAGGAUGCAGCAGCAGGUGGAGGGCGUGGUGGGCGGCGGCAUCAUGGCGGAGGCGGAGGAGGCGGCGGUGUACGAGCGGGUGGCUCGCAUGGCCAGCGGCAACGCGGUGGUCGUCUUCAGCGCCAGCGGCUGCUGCAUGUGCCACGUCGUCAAGCGCCUCCUGCUUGGCCUGGGGGUCGGCCCCACCGUCUACGAGUUGGACCAGAUGGGCGGCGCCGGGCGAGAGAUCCAGGCGGCGCUGGCGCAGCUGCUGCCCCCCGGACCCGGCGCCGGCCACCACCAGCAGCCGCCAGUGCCCGUGGUGUUCGUCGGCGGGAGGCUCCUGGGCGGCGUGGAGAAGGUGAUGGCGUGCCACAUCAACGGCACGCUCGUCCCGCUCCUCAAGGACGCCGGCGCGCUCUGGCUCUGAGCCGCGAGCUGCAUUGCUUUGCUGUCUCGCCGGCCGGCCGGAACUGAUGGUGGUGGUGAUCAACGACGGCGUUUACUUUGUGUGUUGGUCGUCUUUUCUUUUCUUGUGCCGUGCCUGUGGCUGUGGCUGUGCGUUGCAUGGUGUGUUGAGCUUCACUGGCUAGUGAGAUGUAGAUAUAGUUAACAAGGAAAGCUCAAUUAGCCUUGUCAGUUGCGUGUGUUUGUUUUUGUAGGUGACGCUUAUCUAGUUAGAGAGUGGAGGGAUACUAGCCAUCAGAUCAGACCAACAAUGUAAUGCAAUGACGCCUAGCAAACUAGCAUGCACAUUGUGUUAUUAUUAUCCUGAGAUAAAUCAAGUAUCUGUCCACCGUAAA